AUGGAGGUGCAAAACGUAUUAAACUUUGAUUUGGACCCUGGUCCUGUUGAUCAAUCUAUACUAGUGUGGCAACAUGAGCAUAGAUCAGCUGCCAUUUGGGAAGACGAGGUUCCUCCUCGUGAACUGACAUGCCGGCACAAGCUAUUGGGCAUGCGAGAUUGGCCUUUGGAGCCUCUCGUGUGUCAGAAGUUGAUCGAGUUUGGGCUAUAUGGAGUGUACAAGGUUGCCUUUAUACAGCUUGAUUACGCUUUGAUAACAGCUCUUGUGGAGAGAUGGAGACCUGAGACGCAUACUUUCCAUCUCCCUGCUGGAGAGAUCACAGUGACUCUGCAAGAUGUGAAUAUACUGUUGGGUCUACGUGUGGAUGGACCUGCGAUAACCGGUAGCACAAAAUACAACUGGGCUGAUCUAUGUGAGGACCUGCUUGGUCUCAGACCAGGUCCCAAGGAUCUACAUGGUUCUCAUGUGUCAUUAGCAUGGCUGCGUGAUAAUUUUAGGAACUUACCUGCUGACCCUGACGAGGAGACGUUGAAGUGUCACACUAGAGCUUUUGUUUUAGCUUUGAUGAGUGGGUUUCUUUACGGGGAUAAGUCUAAACAUGAUGUGGCUCUGACGUUUCUCCCUCUGCUAAGGGACUUUGAUGAAGUGGCUAAGCUUAGUUGGGGUAGUGCUACUUUAGCACUUCUCUACAGAGAGCUGUGCCGGGCGAGUAAGAGGACUGUUUCUACCAUUUGUGGUCCUCUUGUUCUGCUUCAGUUAUGGGCUUGGGAACGGCUCCAUGUUGGUCGUCCGGGAAGGCUUAAAGAUGUUGGCGCUUCGUAUCUGGAUGGCAUAGAUGGUGCUUUACCAGAUCCGUUAGGCUGUAGGUGGAGAGCUUCUCUGAGUCAUAAAGAGAAUCCUCGCGGAGGACUGGACUUUUACAGGGACCAAUUUGACCAGCAGAAAGAUGAGCAGGUCAUAUGGCAGCCUUACACUCCGGAUCUUCUAGGAAAGCUUCCUCUUAUAUGUCUUAGUGGCCAGAACAUAUGGCGAACUGUUGCUCCCUUAAUUUGUUUCGAUGUCGUUGAGUGGCAUCGUCCUGAUAGGGUGCUUAGACAGUUUGGUCUUCACCAAGCAGUUCCAUCACCUUGUGACAAUGAAAAAGCUCUUCAUGCUAUUGACAAAAGAGGCAAAUCAGAAUACGAUUGGUCAGCACGUCAUAGUCGACACAUAGAAUUGUGGGAGGCACGCGAGUCUUCUGUUGUGUUCGGUGAGCCAGAGUGUAUCCCUAUGGACUAUAAUGAUCCUUAUAUGGAGUGGUACCGCAGAAUCACUAGAAGAAUUAUUAGUCCUAUGAACGAGAGGCGUCCUGGACAAUUUCUUCCCACUGGUUUUGCUUUCCAAGUGCUUGUUCAGAGAGUUGCAGCCAUUCAUGCUCGAUCUAAGGCUUCACUUGAAGAGGAACUUACUGUUGACACCGCGAGGCAAACAUUACAAGAUAUCGUUAAUAUGUGUGCAGGCGCUCUUCAACUCAACGCCCCUUUAGGCUCAUUAUCUAAUGGCUCUGUUGCUCAGGCUUCAACUCCAGGACCGUUUCUGAUGUCAUCUCAACCUACGCCUACAAUGACGUCGCAAAAGCCAUUGUCUGGAGAUAUGGUGUGUUUACCUUUGAAUGAAAUAGGAAUAGACGAUGGUCUCUCAGCAGAAUCCUUGGAAGUGAUGCCACCUGUUCAGGAUAUAGGAUGUGAGCAAUCUUUACCAUCAGUUUCCCAGAAGCCUCUUUUCUGGCCUUCGGGAGGAAAGGUUACUUUCAGUUGGAUUUGUGAUGUGAUGUUGGGGUUUGAUUGGUCUUCAAGGAACCUCCCACCUUCUGAGUUUUCAAGUGUUCUGCCUUUUCACGUCUUGGAUGAGCUAGUUGUCUCUGCUUCCAAAGUCCUGAGAAAGGAGCCAAACUGUGUUAGGAUAGAGAGUGACAAAGCAAAGGUCGUUGUGGUUGGAGAUCUACAUGGGCAGCUACAUGAUUUGAUGUUCCUUAUGCAGGAUGCAGGAUUCCCAAAUUGUGAUCAGUUUUAUGUCUUCAAUGGGAAUUAUGUAGACAAAGGAGCGUGGGGUUUGGAAACCUUCUUGCUUCUUUUGUCAUGGAAGUUUUUUCUACCGGAAAGAGUGUUUCUUCUACGUGGCAGCCAUGAGAGUGAAAGUUGUACAACACUGUAUGGAUUUAAAAAUGAAGUACUUACCAAGUAUGGAGAUAAAGGAGCAGUUGUCUACAAAAAGUGCUUGGAAUGCUUCCAGUUACUCCCUUUGGCUUCUGUGAUUGGUGGGAAGGUAUUUACAGCUCAUGGAGGUCUUUUCCGUGACGUAUCAAGCUUUCUCUCAGACAAACAAGAACGAACCAGAAAACGCAAGCGAGCUCAGAAAAAGCAAGGGGAUAAUAGUGUUGUUCUUGAGACUGAAGAUAGAUCUGAGUCCUUGCAUGUUGGCUCUUUGAAGGAUUUAUACAAAGUGAAAAGGCGUGUUUUGGAUCCUCCUGCUGAAGGAUCAAACUUAAUUCCUGGUGACAUACUUUGGUCAGAUCCAUCGAAGGACACGGGCCUCUUUCUUAACGAAGAGAAAGGCAUUGGUUUGUUGUGGGGUCCUGAUUGCACUGCAAAGUUCCUGCAAGACAAUGAUCUAAAGUUGAUCAUCAGAGGGAAGGAAGCCCCAGACCAAAGGGCAAAACGAGAUGGUCUUGCACCAAUGGAUGAAGGAUAUGCAAAAGACCAUGAAGGGCUUAUAACUUUGUUCAGUGCUCCUGAUCAUCCUCAGUUUCAGGAUACAGAGGAGAGACGCAACAACAAAGGAGCCUACAUAAUUUUGCAAAUUCCCGAAUAUGAGGAGCCUGAAAUUCAUGUGUUUGAAGCAGUAUCUCCUAGACCAAAGGCUGAGGCGUAUUAUGACUAUAGAGCCAAAAAUUUUGUCCACAUGAAUACUAAUUCUGAUGAUUCACCAUCCUUAACGCCUGAAGACAAAGAUAGUUUAGUAUCUUCUGAGAAUGUAGAAUAUAAGUCCACGGAUCUCUCUGAACCGAUGGAAGUUGAUGAGAAGAAUGAUGUUGAUGCCAAGUGCUCAGAAUCUAGAAUUGAUGAAGUUACAGCUUUUGGUGAUAAAGAUAUGGUUGAUUCUUCAGGAAAGACUGAAGAUGGUACCAAAGGAGAUGAAAAUUCUGAAACUGCAAAGAUUAGUAAAGAUUUAUCCGACACAGUUUGUGAUCUGCAUGAGCUUGAUUCUGAGAAAGCCGCAGAAAUUGAACCAAUGGCAGUUGAUGAAAUUGCUGCCGAGUCUGAAUACAGGAUUGGAGAAGAAAAUGACGUAGAAGCCUCCAACUCUCUUGAGGCGUCAAAUAAUGUAAGUGAGGAAGAGGCUCCUGGUACCAUUGAUGAUGCUGGAGUGGAAUUAGAAAUCACAUAUGAUGAGAAACUAGAAAGUGCAGUAACUGAAAUCACAGUGAACGGUACUGCUGAGUGUACAACAGACAGUAACAGAGACAUAGCCACUGAUGGUGCUGAGAAGUUGGAAGGUUCAACCAGCAAACUCAAUAAUUCCGAGUCCGGUGAAGAUUCAGAUGGUUCUGCCAUGAAUCUUGGGGGUUUAAAUGGUGGGUCUGAGACAGUGGUGGCUCAUGACGAGGUUACAGAUAUUGUUACGAAACCUUCUCAUGACAAGGAUCAUGGAGAGUCUGCGGAUAAGCCAGAGAGAGUAAUCAAACUGGUUACCUAUUCUAAGAGAAAAUCAUCUGACAAAAAACACACGGUUGAUUCUAGUGAUGACCAACAGAUGAUCAAUGACUCCUAA